AGAAAUAAAAUGGCUAAAGAAUCUACCGUCGAAUCAGACGUCAUGCUUGACGAGCCGGCGUUUGCGGUUUUUUACGGAAUACUAGUAUUAAUAAGUGAUUUGUUAUCUCUGUUCUUUAUUUUCACAAUUAUGACCAAAUCUACUGCAGAUAUGAAACUUUUCAAAUUUGCUCUACUGAAACUAGCGAUUUGUGAUCUGCUGCUCAAUUUUUCAACUGCAAUACUCGUCACCCCAGAUCUUCUCUGCCCUCUAUCGGCAGUUGCUGUUCGAAGCCCAAUAGGUGGAAUUAGUGAAGCUCACGCAUUUUCAACGAUUUCACUAACGAUAGCAAUUGCAAUUACAGUAUUCACAUCUAUCAAUGAUUGUUGCUUUUUGAGAGUUUGUAUAUUUUAUCAAUGGACUCAUAUUUUGAAAAAAAUAUAUUCUUGGAGAGGUGCUCUCGUAUUUCUGACGCUGAAUGUGGUGAUUGUUGGUAUUUUAACUUUGGCAGUAUGGUUUGCAACCAGCUCUAAUGAGGAAUUUCUACUCGUCGUCUCAGCUGAAAACAUGACACACGCACUUGGAAAAUACGCUUCUCAAUCUGAAACUGUGUACUUUUACGUGGAUAUCUGGAAGCCCAAAGUUGUUCCACUUUUGUUAUCAGUUGUUGUUGGUCUAGCUGCAAUAUAUGUAUCAAAUCUCUGUGGAUCAAGAUUGGUUUGGAAAGCAAUUGAUAGAAGAAAGAAUAACAUGUCUUUUAAAAGUUAUGAAACUCACAGACAUUUAACUUUACUUGCUCUUUUUCAAAACUUGAUACCAGCAGUUGUAAUUGCUUUUCCCGUAUUUCUUGUUGCAUUUUCAUUUGUGAUGAGCUAUGAGUCUGACACUUUUGCUGAACUCAUAAAACAUUUUGUAACUUUUGUCAUUUCUAUUUAUCCGGCUUUGAGCGUCAUGUUGAGCUUUAUUUUCAUUAAACCUUACCGGAAAUAUUUAUUUUCUCUCAUCUGUUCAAUUCCUGCUCUCCGAAAAAAACCUAGUCGGGUAUCUGACACCCAACUGUCCAAAAAGAGCUCAAUGGGAAACGAAGACUACUUUGAUUUUGUUGGGUAUAUGUGAAAAGUGAAAUGAAUACAAAAGGGAUUAAUUUAUAUCUUUCAUUAAAAGUUCAUGAAAUAUUUACAAUAAAAAUUGAAUUGAACGUGU